GGGGCUGCCAGCGCGUGGCCCUCGGCCUGGCCCCUUGGGCUGGCCCCGCAGCCUUGCCACGGUCCAGCCGUGCAGCCUGCCUCCACCUUGGCGACCUGGUCCUUUCUGAGCGAGCUUCAGUGCGUGUGGCCGACUGUGUGAUGGUCCGCAGACACAGGAGUGCCCCACUCUGGGAACCUCAGACAUCAUCUUCAGAGGCCAUGCUCCCAGCCCCACGGAUCAUUGCACGUUGCUCUGUGCCAAUUGUUGCAGGCUGCGGACAGCAACGAGGGGCCCUGACCUCAAGCCAGAGCAGGGACGGGCCUGCCUGGAGGGACAUCCCACAGGCCGAGAGAGUGUCGCUUCGCAUCUGUUCUGUGGGACAGAGAGCCAGGGCUCGUGGGGUGAAGGGAAGACAAAUCCCUGAGGGCUACCUGGAGGAGUCUACACAUUCUGAGUGCCUGAUGUGAUGGCUGUGGGCACCGUUCCUCCAACCUGGACCUGUGCCUGGCCCUUGGCCCUCUCCUUAGCAGAGGGAAGUGUGUUUUUGUUGUCACCCCAUGCACAGCAGACACCAGUCCUCUGGGGGCGGGGGGCAGGCUGGGCUGCUUCCCUGGGUUCCAAGGCUGGGUCUCGGUCCACAGGCCCAUCAAUAAGGCCUGUCGGUCUGGCCUGCCCUGGGCCAUUUGGAGUCUCCCCAGGGAGGGAGUACCGGGGGCUCCGAGCCCCCAUGCCCUCAGGGUCCUCUCAUUGCUGGCUGAGGACAACUGUUGCCUGGGCUGGAUUGUUACAUGUGGGACCGUCAUCCCUGAAAAGGCCGUGGCUGCCCGGGCUGCCUGAAAGCAGGGCAGAUCUGCGGUGAGGAUGGAGGGCCCUUGCGGACCAGCCUGCUAGCCCCACCUGGGAGUCGCCGCAGAGCCGUGGAAUCCCGUGCCCUUAAAACUUCCAGAGGGGCCUCUUGCAUCACAAAGUGGCCUGAGAGGGUUCCGUCUUUAUUUUGGUGAAGCACAGAAGAGGAUGCUGCAGACAUGUUUAAUCCACACGUAUUAGAUUCUCCAGCUGUGAUUUUCGACAAUGGCUCCGGGCUCUGCAAGGCGGGCCUCUCAGGAGAGAUUGGGCCCCGCCAUGUCAUCAGCUCUGUCGUGGGGCACCCCAAGUUCAAGAUGCCCUUGGCGGGAGCCAAUCAGAAGAAGUACUUUGUGGGAGAAGAAGCUCUGCACAAGCAUGAGGUCCUGCACCUGCGCUACCCCAUCAAGCGGGGCCUGGUCACAGGCUGGGAAGACAUGGAGAGACUCUGCAAGCACCUGUUCGAGUGGGAGCUGGGGGUGAAGGCCAGCGACCGGCCCGUGCUCAUGACCGAGCCCUCCCUGAACCCCAGGGAGGCCCGAGAGAAGAUGGCCGAGAUGAUGUUCGAGAACUUCAGUGUGCCUGCUUUCUACCUGUCAGACCAGGCUGUGCUGGCCCUCUACGCCUCAGCCUGCGUCACGGGCCUGGUGGUGGACAGCGGGGACGGGGUCACUUGCACUGUCCCCAUCUUCGAAGGGUACUCCCUGCCCCAUGCGGUCACCAAGCUCUAUGUGGCGGGGAGGGACAUCACAGAGCACCUCACGCAGCUGCUGCUGGCUAACGGGCGGUCCUUCCCGUGCAUGCUGGACAAGGCCCUGGUGGACGACAUCAAGGAGAAGCUGUGCUACGUGGCCCUGGAGCCAGAGAAGGAGCACUCCCGGAGGCCGGAGGAGGUCCUGAGAGAGUACAAGCUGCCAGACGGGAACAUCAUCUGCAUCGGGGACCAGCUGCACCGGGCGCCGGAGGCCCUGUUCGCACCUGACCAGCUGGGCAUCCAAAACCCGGGCCUCUCAAAAAUGGUCUCCUGCAGCAUUACCAAGUGUGAUGCGGACAUCCAGAAGACCCUUUACGGGGAGAUUGUGCUGUCCGGGGGCACCACUCUGUUCCAGGGCCUCGACGACCGUCUUCUGAGAGAGUUGGAGCAACUGGCUUCCAAAGGGACCCCCAUCAAGAUCACGGCUCCCCCUGACAGGUGGUUCUCCACAUGGAUUGGUGCCUCCAUCGUCACCUCCCUGAGCAGCUUCAAGCAGAUGUGGGUCACCUCCGCAGAUUUCAAGGAGUUUGGGACAUCCGUGGUUCAGAGAAGGUGCUUCUGAGGGGCUGUGGGCAAGGGGUGGGCGUGGGCAGUGAGCUCGCCCCUCAGCAUCAGCAGGGUGUUCAAUAAAAGACAAAACAGCGUGCAACC